CGGUGCAAAGCAGCUGUAUUGAGGCUGGGGGGAGAGGAAGAGGAAGAAGCAGGCCACCAGCAGCCGAGCUCACCGGACCGGUGCGAUGGACCUUCGUGACGACGUUGAUACGGGGGAGACCGAGAGACAUCGCGCUCUCUUCUACUUGCCCAUUCCAGAAGCGUCCCCGGUUAAGAACGAACAAGAAAAGCUGUCGGGGGUGGUGAAAAACGUCCACAGAAAGCUCCGCAGGAAAUACCGAGAAGUGGGCGACUUUGACAAGAUCUGGCGCGAGCACUGCGAAGAUGAGCAAACGCUGAGCGAGUACGCCGUCGCCAUGAAGAACCUCGCCGACAACCAUUGGGCCGUCAACUGCGAAAAGGAGGGACGCAUCGAUUGGUGCCACAGUGUUUGCCAAGAGUAUUUCCGGGAUGGCGGCAUGAAAAGAAUGUUGGAGAAGGAUGAGAAAAGUGCCUCUUUCUCCGCCGGUCUGACUGUAGCGUCUGCGAGUGGGCGGCCGUCUUCUUCGAUCCAACGUCCAGGUGCUCACAUGGGGAAAAUCCGCCUCCUGGAUGUGGGAAGCUGCUUUAACCCUUUCAAGAAAUUUGACGAGUUCCUCACCGUCGGUAUCGACAUCGUGCCUGCGGUCGAGCUGCAGCGGCCCCUCCAGCUGACGGGCGACGCCGUGGAGGCGUUCCUGCGCCACCUGCACAACCCCAUCGACGCCCUGCCGGGGCAGCUCUUCCACGUGGUGGUCUUCUCCCUGCUCCUCUCCUACUUCCCGUCGCCUUACCAGCGCUGGAUCUGCUGCAAGAAAGCCCACGAGCUGCUGGACCUGCACGGCCUGCUGCUCAUCAUCACGCCCGACUCCUCGCACCAGAACCGCCACGCCCUCAUGAUGCGCAGCUGGCGCGUGGCGGUGGAGUCGCUGGGCUUCAAGCGCUACAAGACUUCCACCCCGGCGAGGAGGACGAGGGCGGCGAGGCGCAGGCCCGCUCCGACUUUGAGGACGAGCGGCUGGCUUGGGCCUUCGCCGAGCUGCCCGACACGUGCGACUCGGAUUCCGGGGAGAGCCAGAGCGGCUCGCUGCCCGGCUUCCAGGAGCUGGAGGACCCCAUCCUGCUCCAGACCUAGACCCGGCCCCCUGGCCCGGAUCUUCUCCCUUCUCUCCCCCCGUUCUACUGCUGCGCUGCCAAACGUAAACCUGCUGCAUUCUCCUCGCCCCCUCCCUCUCCUCCAGACAACUUGCACAGUGUGAAAGAGAAGACGUUUACACACUAUUUUUCUCGGAACACUCUCGCUCGACGUAUAUUUUGAUAGUUCGACAGACUUUUUUUUCUAAGAGUUGGAAAGUGAGCGCCCCUCGUAUAUCAACACUCCACCGCUUCUUCUUGACGUCCAGCAGAUCAUCUCCCGCUGUGUCUGCAUGCUGAUGAAGAGCGUGUGUGCGAACAAGACCCCCGGGAGGGGGGG